UAUCUCCGCAGACAUGAAAAAUAUAAAAAGACUAAAGAACUUUUAUUUAUCUCUUACUGUCAAAAACGAUUUAGAGAAUUUCCCCAACAGUUGCUUCAUAGUUAAGAAAAAGUCGAAUACUUUUGUUUUAUCACGUUAGUCGUAACUAAUGUUCUUAUUGUUUUUUUAAUAGUUAGGAAAUGAGUUCGGUACUAAGGGAAGAUUAUUAUUGUACACUUCUGAGUGAGGAUGAAAAAGAUGAAAAUGAUGAAUUGUUAUCUGAUUGCUGUAUCAACGAAUUUGGAAAACUUUGGAAAAAUGGAAGCGUCCCAUUCUUUUUCAAUGAUAAUGUAAAUGAAGAACUUAAAGAUUCUGCGAAAAAAGCAAUGGAAAAUAUUUCUGUUAAAUCUGCAAUAGAAUUCUUGGAGAUAACUAAAUCAACAAAAGGAACGAAUUACAUUGAAAUUAUCAAGGGGCUUGAAUUUCUUUCCAAUGUUGGUAUGCAACAUAAUGGAAACAAGUUAUGGGUUGCCGAGGGUUCAGCUUAUCCUGUUGGCCAAAUUAUGCAUGAACUGAUGCAUGCGCUUGGGUUUUACCAUGAGCAUUCUCGUCCCGACCGAGACGAAUAUUUGGACGUGAACAAUGAAGCUGCUAAAAUUGCAAAUUAUAAGAAGCGUUCAGAAUCAAAUAGUGUGUGUUAUAGUAAUACUCUUGAUUUCCAUUCUAUUAUGAUUUACCGUGAAAAUGAGAAAAUGACUUUGAAGGAAGGAAUAAAUUUUAAAAUAGGUCAAAGAAUAAAAUUAAGCGACGGUGAUAUAAAUGCACUUAAUAACCUUUACCCUCCAAAAGUAACACUUCUCUCUCGAAUUCAAGCGCUUGACAACGAUAUUCUGAUAGUGAAAGAAAGAUUGAGUAAUUUACCAGUAAAUAAUAAUAACGAAGAGCGUUUAAGAUUAAAAAAGGAACAUCGAGAACUCCUGGUGUGAUUUGUGAGAAUACUAGACACUCUACUACUACUCUACUUCAUUAAUAAUAUGAGUGUUAAGAUUGUCACAUUUAGACACAUAAUCAUAACUAAUAGUAAAAUUCGCAUAAACAUAUUCUUAUUCUUUAUUUAUAGUAAGGUUACUCGUGACUGGGCACAAUAAGUGCAAUACGAAUACAUUUUUAACUAGAAGCAAAUUUACGUAAAAUAACAAACAUUUUUUUUAAGUAAAUAGUAUCUCGAACAACAAACAAAU